AUGUCUGUGGUCCUGAAAAGUCAAAAUACUUUUGACGGUAGGCAGCUAAUCAUUCAAAAUUAUGUUCUCAUUUGGUUAGAUCCAAAUAUCGAUGAAUCAAACGAUGAUUUUCAUCAUUCGAAAACUCAAUUACAGCGCAUUGUCAAUAGAGUCGAAACAUUCGUUGAUCUUGAUCAUUGCAUUGACUUUCUUACUGAUAUGCAAGAUGAAAAGAUACUCAUGAUUGUCUCCGAAGCGGUUGCUCAGCAUAUUCUGUCCUUCAUUCAUAACUUUGAUCAACUGUACGCCGUCUAUAUCUUUCGUGAUAAUAAAAUUGACGACGACCAAUGGAUAAAAAAGUGGUGGAAAGUGAAAGGUAUUUGCACGCAAAUCAAAGUCGUUUGCGAAGUUCUACCACAAGCUAUUAAACAAUUUGAUCAAAAUUCUAUCUCAGUCAGCUUUAUUCCCGUCAAUGAAAAUGUAUCGGAUAAAAAUUUAGAUCAACUCGAUCCAACAUUUAUGUACACACAAAUACUUAAAGAAAUUCUUUUCGAAGCUCAAUACAAUGAACAGUCGAUCAAAGAUUUCGUUACUUAUUGUCGAAAUAUUAAUUGCGCCGAAAUUAAUACUUUCAACAGAUUCGAUCGAGAAUAUCAUUCUCAGACAUCCAUCUGGUGGUAUACAAGCGAAAUUUAUCUCUAUUCUAUGCUCAAUCGUGCUCUUCGCACUCUGGAAACGGAUGCAAUCAUAAAACUUGGAUUUUUCAUUAGUGAUCUUCAUAAAGAUAUCGAAAAAUUACAUUCGAAGCAGUUCAGUGUUCAUUCAUCGGCGCCAUUCACUGUCUAUCGAGGGCAAGGCUUAUCGAAGAUGGACUUUGAAAGAUUAAUAAAAACCAAUGGUGGACUUAUGUCAUUCAAUAAUUUCCUAUCGACUAGUCUUGAUAGAGACAUUUCUUUCGCUUUCGCAGACAGUAAUCGAUUUAAUCCGGAUUUAAUCGGAGUAUUUUUUGUAAUCAAUAUCAAUCCAUCGAUUUCAUCAGUUCCAUUUGCCCAGAUCGAAAAUUUCAGUAACUUCAGUAGCGAAAAAGAAAUUCUUUUCUCUAUGCACACUGUUUUUCGCAUUGGCGAAGUCAGACCACUCGAUGAUGCCAACCGAUUUUGGCAAGUAGAACUCAACCUGACGAGCGAUGACGACGAGCAACUCCGCAUACUCACGAAUCGAAUACGAAUAGAAACUGCAGGAGCCAAAAGCUGGCUACGAUUGGGCGUAUUGUUAAUGAAAAUAGGUAGAUUCGAUCAAGCUGAAGAAGUUUACACAGCGGUACUCAACCAAACGUCUGAUGAGUUUGCGAAAGCCGGGAUUUAUAAUCAACUUGGACUAAUAAAGGAACAUCAAGGUGAAUAUAACCAGGCAAUGUCAUUCUGCGAAAAAUCAAUUGCGAUCUCUCGAAAAUUUCUUCCUGAAAAAGACCCUGAUUUGGCUACGAUGUAUGGAAACGUCGCGACAGUUUAUGGGAGUAUCGGAGAGUAUGCAAAAGCAAUUUCAUUAUUUAAAAAAUCACUUGAAAUUCGCCAAGAAGUUCUUCCCCCUGAUGAUCCCUAUUUGGCUACUUCCCAUAUCAACAUUGGCAUGAUGUAUUACAGAAUAGGUGAAUAUGCAAAUGCACUUGCGUCUUACGAAAAAGCAUACGAAAUCCACAAAAAAGCUCUCCCACCAAAUCAUCCCGACUUCGCUCUAUCCUACAAUAAUAUUGCGUCUGCAUAUCAAAGCUUGGGAAAUUAUUCGAAUGCACUUCAAUUUCAUAAACAAGCGUUAGACAUUCGACUAAAAGUGCUUCCUCCGAAUCAUCCGGAUUUUACUGUUUCGUAUGUUAAUAUCGCCUCGGUGUACGAAGCAAUGGGCGACUAUUCGCAAGCACUUUUGUUUCAUGAGAAAGCACGUGAAAUCUACGAAAAAGUUCUUUCUCCAAAUCAUCCUAUGCUGGCUACGUCCUAUAAUAAUAUUGCCUCGAUAUAUCAUGAAAUUGGCGAAUGUCGCAGAGCACUUUCGUACUAUGAAAAAGCACAUGAAAUUUUCACAAAAAUCUAUCCAUCAAAUCAUUUUUCGUUGGCGACUUCCUACAAUAACAUAGCUAACUUGUAUCAUGAAAUGAACGAGCAUUCGAAAGCACUUUCAACUCAAAAGAAAGCACAUGAAAUCUUAGAAAAAGCUUUUCCUAUCAAUUAUCCAAUGUUAGCUACUUCUUAUAACAACAUGGCUGCAAUGUAUAAUGCAAUGCACGAUUAUUCAAACGCACUUUUAUCCCAUGAAAAAGCACUUGAAAUCCGACAAAAGAAUCUUCCACCGAAUCAUCCAGUUUUGGCUGCUUCUUACAAUAAUAUUGGUUCGGUAUAUUUUAAAAUGGGUCAAUAUCAAAAAGCACUUCCUUUUUUCGAACGUGCUUUUAGUAUUUUAAAGCAGUCAGUGCCUGCAAAUCAUCCGAAUCUUCAAAGUGUACAAGAGACUAUAAUAUUUUUGAAAAACAAAAAUUGUAAAUGA